AUGAUGUUUAUCGCUGAAAAGGUCCAAGCAUUCCCGGAGAUUCUCGAGAAAUCUCAAGUUCCAGCGAUGAAAAAGAAGAAAACUGCUACAUUAACCGAUAUCGUUAAGGAGUACUGUGCCGAUUUUCACUCAUACAACACAAGCCAUUGCAAUAAUCUAGUACUUCCAACAAACAGAUUGGCUAGAACCAACAGUGAAGAAAUCAAAUUGUACAAUGCAUUGCCAGAUGAGAGUUUUUCAGAGUUGCCUAUUAUUUCUGUGAGGAUGCAAGUAGUUAAGAUAUGCACGUUGUUCUGUUCUCAUUGCCAUCAAUGCAAAGUUCCUCAUCUCUUUGUAGUGCCUAAGAUGUUCUUCAGUUCUAUUCAACUUGUAAACCGUUGCCUAAAAUGGAAGAAGAAUAUGUGGAGGGAUAUCGAGGCUAUGCAUGUAUAG